AUGACGGAGUCGCUCGAUGCUACGGCCUACACCGUGGGCUGGAUUGCAGCUCUUCCGCAUGAGCAGGCAGCGGCAAUUGCGGCGCUUGAAAAAGAGCAUAAGCGGCCAAAGAACUGGACGAAGCCGGACACAGACAAGAACACCUACUUCUGGGGAAGCAUUGGAUCGCACAAUAUCGUCAUCGCCUGCCUGCCAAAGGGCGUUUACGGUAACACCAGCGCCACCGUCGUCGGCACGUCAAUGCUUAGCAGCUUUUCACAUGUCCGCGUCGGCCUUUUGGUCGGCAUUGGUGCUGGUGUGCAAGAAACCGAGCCGGACAUUCAUCUCGGCGACGUAGUGAUCAGCAGCCCUGGGCCUAAAAGCCCUGGGGUUGUGCAGUACGACUAUGGCAAGGCAGAGGACGGCGGCAAUUUUGUACAGACCGGCGUUCUCAAUAAGCCCCCGAUGGCACUUCUCUCGGCCCUCUCCAGACUUGACUCAGACGCAUUUCUACAAAGAAACCGGACGGGAGCUUUCGUCGGUGAACUUUCUCGGAAGUUUCCCAAAUUCAAGUGCCCAGUCAUCCAGGAAAAGCGUAAUCAUGGGCCAUCGCUCUUUUUCGGCACCAUCGCGUCGGGGAACGAGGUCGUCAAAGACGCAGAGAGGAGGUCUGAGAUUGUCAAGCUGGCUGGCCCGAAGACCAUGUGUAUUGAGAUGGAGGCGGCGGGUCUGAUGGACAGUUUCCCCUGUCUGGUCAUCCGUGGCAUCUGCGAUUUUGCCGACUCCCACAAGAAUGACCAAUGGCAGAACUAUGCGGCGGCGGCGGCUGCUGCUGCUGCCAAAGACUUUCUGUUUGUUCUGGACCCACAGGAUGUGGAGGAUACAAAGAAGGCUGCUGAGGCUAUCAAAGGUAUGUCUGACUGGGAUACUGCUCUCAUGCCCAUUCUGUAG